AACAAGUGAAUAAAAGAGAAAGCAAAAAUUAACAAUUGUAGCUAUUUUAAUUCUUAAUUAUUUGUUAGAAUUUUGAUAUUUUAGUUAAGUUCGUUAUGGAUACAUCCGAUGCUGCCGCAAAAAAGAAACUUGAGAAGCAUUUGCUAUUGCUCAAGGAAGAGUACACUAAACUACAAAGGAAUUAUGCGGAUUUAGAACGGAAAUAUAGCAGGGCGGUAGCUUCGACAGACAACGAUGCCCUGGGAGAGUGCAGCAGUUUUGUGUCCCGCUUAGCCAUUACAGUAGCAUCCUUAUAUGGACGCUCUAUUUAUUCGGAUAUCACAAUAAAAAUGAAAAGUAAAUUAAUGCCAGCUCACAAAUUUGUGUUACAUGCACGGUCAGAGGAAUGGCGAGAGGAAAUUCUGGUUGGGGCUAAUGAACUUGAUUGGAGCGAUAUGGAAGAGGAUAUUGCUUUGGCGUUGCUUCGGUGGAUAUAUACAGAUCUUGUGGACCUUCAAAACGACCAUUUGGCUUUGAACCUAUUGCGGGCGGCACAUUUAUUUCGUCUGCCUGGACUUUUGGGGUUGUGUGAACGUUCCUUAAUAUCCUCGGUAGGCGUGCGAUCUUGUGUUCGCUUUUACUGCGUUGCUGAGGAAGUAGGUGCCGCCAGUUUAUUAGAGUAUUGCUCGGGUUUAAUUUCGACACAUUGGGAUGAUUUGACGCCACAAGACUUUGAACAUAUGUCCGGACCUUUGCUAUUUAAAAUGUUGAAGAGUAAAACAAAAUAUCCAUUGCAUGCUGCCGUACGUUUACAGCGGGAAGAUGUUGUAUUUUUGUGUUUAGUGGAAAAUGACGCAAAGCUCCCAGAAUUGGUGAACGCGGUAUCGGACCAGGGUGUGUUGCCUUUGCAGAUGGCAUUGGUGGCUAGGAAUGUGCCAAUUGCACAAACACUUGUGACGAAUGGCCACGCAAAUGUAAACGCCUAUGAUGCUCAGGGUUAUACACCUCUUAUCGACGCCGUCAAGAGAGGCGAUAAAUUCUCAGCUGAUUUUCUGCUGGAACGGCAAUGUCAGUUGGAUUUAAUGUCGAGACAAACGGCAGAUACAGUUUUACACAUCAUCUGUGCUUAUGAUCCUAGCGAAACAAACAGUGAAACAUACUCCAGCAUGGUUGAAGUGGGUAAAAGAAUAGUUGAGCUGAAACCGGACGUGAAUGUUCAGAAUCAUUUAGGUGAGACAGCGCUGCACCUUGCGAUUCAAUCAAGCAACGACGCCAUGGUGGAUUUGCUUUUGUCCGUUCCAAAUAUUGAUAUAAAUCUGCGAACGCACGACGAAAAAUGUGCAUUGGAACUCAGUUUGAGACGUAGUAAUCUAGAAUUAGCUGCGAAACUUAUAGACUUGGGUGCACGCCCGAAUCCCCUUAAAUCUCAUAGUCACGACAAUCUCCUGCAAGUUUUAGCUAAUGAAGAUCUCGAAGAUUCUGCAGUAUUUUUGGCUGACUUCUCCAAUCUUAAUCAUGUUAAUAGCAGUGGAUUAACAGCGCUUCACAUUGCGGCACAUCGUAAUCAAGCAAAAUUGGCUCAAAAAUUAUUAAGUAUCGGUGCAUCCCCUAACAUACAAUCGAGCAUUGCGGAUUUGAAAUCGCCGCUGCACUUGUCAGUGAAGUCCAAUGCAAUCGAGGUAAUAGAAGUGUUUGCGAAACAGGUUUCAGACCAUGUGGAUGGCAAUCAUGAAAUUCCUAACUUCAAUUGCAAGGAUGCAAACGGCGAUUCACCAUUGAGUCUGAGUUUAACUUUAGGUAAAACGAACUUAGUGCCUAUAUUAAUAAAGGGUGGAGCUGAUGUAAAUGCUCGCAAUGGUCAAGAUAUGACAUUGCUGCAUCAGGCCAUCCUUAAUAAUAAUUCGGAGACGGCUGUAUUCUUACUGCAACAAGGUGCAGACAUGAACGCGUUAACUGGGGAGCAAGAAUCACCGUUACAAUUGGCUAUUCACUCUCAUAUGCCUGAGGUUGUCAACGCAUUAUGUACGCGCGGGGUUGCAUUAAGCGCACCGAAUAAUAGGGGCGAUCCGCCACUUUGGACUGCGCUCGAAUUGGAAUACGAGGAUGUGGCUCAAGUGUUAGUGCGACAUGGUGUAGAUACGGAUUGUUGGGGGCCGGGUCCUGAAGGAUGUCAACAAACGCUACUACAUCGUGCCAUCGACGAAAAUAAAGAGUUGUCCGCCAUAUUUCUGAUACGUAGUCAAUGUGAUCUGGAUUCACCACGGCAACCGGGGCCGAAUGGGGAAGGUGGCGAAGAAUCACAAGACAAGGCGUCACCGUUGCAUUUGUGCUGUCAGUGGGGGUUGACAAAAGUCUUACAGACAUUGAUUGGGCACGGAGCGAAUGUAAACUCUUUAGAUGCCGAGAAUAAAACUCCUUUGCAUGUAGCUAUAGAAAACCGACAUGAGGAAAUCAUAUCGAUGCUGCUUUGUCAUCCGAAUAUCGAUUUGAAAUUACGCGAUAAGGCCGGAAACACUCCAUUUGCGGCUGCACUUGCUAUGCGCAAUCAUAGAGCUGCUCAACGUAUCUUAGAACGUUUGCCAAACGCGGCCGAGCAAAUGGACUCAAGAGGGCGAAACUUUUUGCAUUUAGCCAUCAUGAAGGAUGACCUAGAGAGUGUGUUGUUUUUGCUUGCUAUCCAAGUGGAUGUGAAUUCCCGAGUACACGAUGCCAAUCAAUCGACUCCACUCCAUUUAGCAGCAACAUCUAAAAACGAAAUGAUUACACGCAAUUUAAUUCUGGCAGACGCACGUAUCAAUGAGCGAGAUGCUGUUCAAAAAACACCCUUGCAUAUUGCUGCCGAACGUGGCAAUCUAUCUGCCGUAUCUGCUCUCUUGCAGAACAAAGCGGAUUAUGACGCGGUCGACGGUGAAGGCAAUAAUGCUUUGCAUAUCGCCGUACGUGGCGGCCACUUAUCCAUUGUCCGCGAACUGCUAACUGAAUCCAGUAUUAAUGCUGAGGCGGCAAAUUUAAAAGGCCGGAACCCUUUGCAUGAGCUAUGUCGUGUCGUAGAAGACAGCACUGCAGCGGCUAUCUGCGAAUUGUUCAUCGAAUCAAUGCCUAAGUAUCCAUUAAAUGCACCCGAUAUGGACGGAAAUACUCCUUUAUUAUUAGCAUUUAUGCGAGGGCAAGCCCCAAUCUGCAAGGUUUUGGUAAAGAACGGUGCGUGCCUUGGCACCGAAAAUCGGGAGGGCAUCAGUAUUUUCAACUUCAAAUUAGCAACCGACCAGUUGCUACAUAAGCUACUCGAUCAAUUGCCACAAGAAUCGCCAUGGUCUGAAUCGGAUUUAUGCCAAGAAUGUAAUGCGAAAUUUUCAUUGACAAUGCGUAAACACCAUUGUCGCCACUGUGGUCGGGUUGUUUGCUCAAAAUGUUCAAAUAGUGAUGUACCAAUCCUUAAAUUUGGUAUGAACAAACCGGUGCGUGUGUGUGGAAUAUGUUUUUAUGUGUUACAAGGCGGUAACGAGAACAUUCAUUAGGACCAAAAAAAAUAUAAGAAAAUAUAAAUAAUAAUAAAAAUAUACUUUUAGGAAAUUAACGCUCAAAUUUAUCAGUUCUCUGUGCAUUCUAUUCUAUUCUAUUCUAU